AUGAACCCCACUGUCGAUGUCUUUGAAAAGCGUAUUGCUGCCUUGGAAGGUGGUGUAGCAGCUGUUGCUGCAUCUUCCGGGAUGGCAGCUCAGUUCAUGGCCAUCUCUGCUCUCGCCCAUGCUGGUGACAAUAUCAUCUCUACCACCAACCUCUAUGGAGGCACAUACAACCAGUUCAAGAUAUUCCUACCCCGUCUAGGAAUUACUACUAAGUUCGUCGAGGGAGAGGAUCCCGAGAAGAUUGCUUCGUUGAUCGACGACAAGACCAAGGCCGUCUACGUCGAGACCAUUGGAAAUCCACGAUUCAACGUGCCUGACCUCGAAGCCAUCGCAAAGGUUGCGCAUGAUAAGGGCGUUCCUCUUAUUGGAGAGCGUUUUUUUGAGGCUGACGGGUUCCAGGUUGAUAACACCUUUGCAGCAGGAGGAUAUUUCUGCCGUCCCAUUUCCCACGGAGCCGAUAUUGUCGUCCACAGUGCCACUAAAUGGAUUGGAGGACAUGGCACGACGAUCGCCGGUGUAGUCGUUGACGCUGGCACUUUCGAUUGGGGCAAGCAUGCCGCUCGGUUCCCCCAGCUGGUCGAGCCCUCUGAAGGUUACCAUGGGCUCAAGUUCUGGGAGACCUUUGGCAAAGUUGCGUUUGCCAUUCUAGUCCGCGUCGAGAUCCUUCGUGACCUUGGCUCCGCUCUCAAUCCGUUUGGCGCACAGCAGCUGCUGCUUGGUCUCGAGACACUCAGUCUGCGAGCUGAACGUCACGCCUCCAACGCUAUGGCCCUCGCCAAGUGGCUGGAAAAGCACGAGAAUGUCGCAUAUGUAUCGUAUCCUGGCCUCGAGAGCCACGAAAGCCACGCAACGGCGAAGAAGUACCUCAAAAACGGCUUUGGCGGCGUUCUGUCAGUUGGAGUCAAGGGCGGUGCAGCCGCCGGUACCAAGGUUGUCGACGGAUUCAAGAUGAUUUCCAACCUCGCCAAUGUUGGCGAUUCGAAAACGCUGGCCAUCCAUCCAUGGUCGUCAACCCACGAGCAAUUGACCGAAGACGAGCGCCGUGCUGCUGGUGUCAGGGACGACGGCAUCCGCAUCUCGGUCGGAACAGAGCAUAUCGACGACAUCAUCGCCGACUUCGAGCAGUCCUUCGCCGCCUGCAACGCUGCUCUUGCCGACCGUACUGCGUAG